AGUAGGGCUAAAACCACAGCCUACAUCUGUAGUAGGCUGCAGUCUCACUUAUGCUCGGUUAGCCUAUAGUAGCCUUCUCCACUCCUCACACCGGGUUGCAUCUUCUGAUUUCCCAAAAUGACUGGAACUGCUUCAGAAACUAGCCCACUACAGGGGACACAGCCACUGAUGUAUUCAGAUGAACGAGAAGAGGACAGUGGCAUCAGGCAACGCUUGACAGAACAGCGGCAGGCUUCCAACAAGAACCGAUUGGCCAGGAGUAAACUCUGUAGCCCACCAUGGAGGAAGUUUUUCUUGUGGCACCUGUGUGAUGACUGGAUCAUCCUCAUCCUGCUGGGAAUCAUCCCAGCCGCCUUCAGCUGGGCCAUGGACUAUGGCAUUGACUUUGGCCUGGACAGUACGAGGUGGCUGUAUGAAAAGGCUCACAGUAAUGUGAUUCUGCAGUAUCUGGCCUGGAUCUCCAUUCCUAUACUACUGAUCAGCUUCGCAGCACUCUUCACCUACUUUGUAGGACCACAAGCUGCUGGAUCUGGAAUUCCAGAGAUAAAGACUAUUGUAAAAGGGGUCAACGUUAAAGAUCAUCUCAGUCUCAACACUCUGCUGGCCAAACUCGUCGGCCUCACCUGUGCCUUGGGCACCGGCAUGCCUCUGGGGAAAGAGAGCCCAUUUGUGCACAUCGCAGGCAUUUGUGCCACACAGCUGUACAGAUUUGCCUGUUUCGUUGGUAAGACUAAAAAGAGGGAAUCUGUGAACAUCGAGUUUGUGAUAUCCGGCUCUGCUGUUGGGCUCGCCGCCUGCUUCGGCUCGCCUGUUGGAGGUUUGCUGUAUGGUAUAGAGGUAGCCUCAUCAUUCUUUAUGGUUAGAAACUACUGGAAAGGACUCUUCGCUGCUACAAUCAGUGCCUUCAUGUUCAGACUACUGCCAAUGUGCGCUGGAAGAUUCGAAACGGUCACUCCCCUCUUUAAGACGUGGUACCGCCAGGACUAUCCCUACGAGCCCCUCGAGAUUCUGUCCUUCUGUGUCCUAGGGAUACUGAGUGGUCUUUUUGGAGCGUUUUUCGUCUUCAUGAAUGGUGUGAUGGUGCGCUUCAUUCGGAGCCCCAGACCCAUCAGCAAAUUCCUUGUCAAGACGCGUGUGCUGUAUCCUGUUAUAGUUACUUUGGUGAUCGCAACUCUGACCUUCCCCCCUGGUUUUGGGCAGUUCAUGGCAGGCGAGCUGACACAGAGGGAAACCCUGGAAGCCCUUUUCGACAACUACACAUGGUCCACGCACUUAAAGGAGGAGCAUUUCGAACAUUCUGACCACUCAGUGGCCUGGAAACACGCCAAGGUCAAUGUGUUCGGCACCCUCGCCAUUUCCUUCAUCACGAAGUUUUUCAUGUCAGCUGUGGCCAUCUCCAUGCCUGUACCAUGCGGAGCCUUUGUGCCAGCUUUCGUCAUUGGUGCUGGGCUCGGCAGACUGGUAGGAGAAGUGGCAGCUGUGGUGUUACCUCCAGGGAUUCAUAACAACGGCACCCUCUACACUCCAGUGCCAGGAAGCUAUGCAGUAGCAGGUGCAGCUGCGUUGUCCGGGGCAGCCACUCACACCAUAUCCACAGCGAUGAUAGUGUACGAGUUGACGGGUCAGAUCAACUUCAUUUUCCCCAUCCUCUUCGCAGUUAUAGUGGCUAACCUUGUGGCCCAGUGCCUACAGCCAUCUCUGUACGACUCCCUCAUCCGCAUCCGGAAGCUGCCUUACCCGACAGAAACCACCUGGGACAGUCAUGAUGCCCCUUCAGAGCAGGUGGAGGAUUUCAUGGUGAGAGAUGUGAAGUACAUCAGCCUAAACUCCACAUACAAAGACCUCCAAAACGUCCUAAACAGGGAAAAGUAUACAACGUUCCCUCUGGUGAAGUCUGCAGAGACGAUGAUCCUGUUGGGUUCUAUUGAGCGUGCUCAGCUGCAGGCUUUACUGUCUCAGCAGCUCAGUCAUUCACGCCGACUGAAGUACCUCCAGGGCGGAGUUCAUCAGAGCGAAGACAAAGGGUUUGAGGUCUCCAAAGAUUUAAGUACCACACACUCCUUCUCCAAACCUCUCCAAAGACCAGCAGAGGGAGGUUUCCAAGAUUCAGACAUUACCUUAAGGAAUCUCCUCUGCUCCCAUGCCAUUGUGGAGGGACUUGACGAUUAUCCAGAUGUUGAAGACACCAUGACCAAAAGAGAGAUUCUCGAGUGGGAGGAGCAGCAGCUUGAGGAGAAGGUCAACCUAAACAGCUGCAUGGUGGAUCCUGCUUCCAUCCAGCUAGUGGAACGUACAUCUCUGCAAAAGGUCCACAGUAUAUUUUCGCUUAUGGGUCUGGAACUUGCAUAUGUCACCGAUGCUGGGAAACUCAUAGGGGUCGUGUCGCGCAGAGAGCUACAAAAAGCCUUUGAGGACUCUGUGAAGAAACAGGGGGUCAAUACUCACCCACCCAUGGAGUCCUUCUUGGAGAGCAGGACCAGGCGUAGGGCCACGAACACCCCUGAGGCCUCGGAGCUCCAAAAGCUCCUGGGCAGCCAGAGCAGCCUCAACCAGUCCCCAGAGCCAGAGGAGUAGUAAUGAGGGAAGGGAAAUUCAUUUUAUCCUUGCUGUGAAUAUGAAAGAGCAGAUGGGUACACCAGCAAAGGGCUACAUGUUCUGAUUUUUUUUUUUUGAGUGAUUUUAUAUAGUUUUGUUUAGAAUCUUUUUCUAAAACCAUACGUUUUAGAAUUCCCAGAGUUGCUUAUGUUACAUUCACACAGCAGGUAAAGUGUUAAAAGUUCCAUUGGUCCAUGUCUGAACAGUUCGUUCUCCUAUGUGCAGAAGAUCAAUGCUUCACGUGAAGUUUCGGUUUCAUCUCAGUCCUUCAUAGAAGCUAGCAUGAAGUUCCAGUGAUUAACAGUUGGGUUUAUUACAGAGAAUACAUUAGAGCUCUCUGAAAAACAGUAUAUUAUGUGUCCAAUACAUUUAAAUUAGUUUUAACUUUAAUUGUAAAUAUGGAAGUAGCCAAAAUAUUAAAUUCACAGUCACACAUAUGAUAUGAAUUUUGACCAUUUUUACCUGCUGUGUCAACAUAGCUACAGACAAGACAUACAUACUUUUCCAAUAACUUUCAGUUUUAAAUCCCUGAUUAUGGUGCAUGCUAUUUAAAUCAGUGUUGUUUUUUGUAACUUCUUUACGCUAUGUGUUUCAUGAUGAAUGGACCAACUGAGCAAUAAAAUUUAUUAACAUGUUA